CUCACGUAAUUCACAUUUUGUCUUUCUGUUCAAUUGCAAAUAAAAGAUUUCUUGAUUUUCUCUUCAUUUCAGUUGAGCACCAAUGGGAGACACUAAGAGAAGGUGUGCAGAAUCAUAUUGGCUCACUAAAUUGGGGAUAUAGAGUUCAGCUUAGAGACAAAAAAGUCACAUACAAGAAUGCUUAUGGUGUAUUCACUGACAAUCACACUAUCAAGACAACAGAUAAAAAAGGCAAGGAACUGGUAAUGACAGCUGACAAGUUUGUUCUAGCCACUGGACUAAGGCCUCGUUACCCAAACAUCCCUGGUGCUAAAGAGUUUGGCAUUACUAGUGAUGAUCUAUUCUCCCUGCCGUACUGUCCAGGUAAAACAGUAUUAAUUGGAGCGUCAUAUGUCUCGYUGGAAUGUGGUGGCUUCCUGGCUGGUAUGGGCCUUGAUGURACUAUCAUUGUUAGGUCCAUUUUACUGAGAGGYUUUGAUCAGCAAAUGGCMGAAAGAAUAGGAGAACACAUGACAAACCAUGGAGUGAAGUUCAAAAGACCUGCCAUUCCUACAAAGGUUGAAAGAGUUGARGAAGGAAAACCUGGCAAGUUAAAGGUUUACUACAAGUUGCUAGAAACUGGAGAGGAAGAAAUCAUUGAAUGUAACACUGUCAUCUUUGCUAUUGGUCGUGAUCCAUGCACAGAAGGAAUAGGUCUUGAUAAAGCAGGUGUAGCAUUAAAUCCAAAAAACAAGAAAGUCCCUGCUGAUGAUAACGAGAAGACCAAUGUCCCAAAUAUUUAUGCCAUUGGUGAUAUCUUAGAUGGAAAACUAGAACUCACCCCUGUUGCUAUAGAAGCUGGCAAGCUUUUAUCAAGACGGCUUUACAGAAAUGACACUCUACUGACUGAUUACAUCAAUGUACCUACAACAGUAUUCACCCCCCUGGAAUAUGGUGCCAUUGGAUAUUCUGAAGAGGACGCAAAAGCCAAGUUUGGCGAAGAUAAUAUAGAAGUGUAUCAUCUAGAGUUCCAACCUUUGGAGUACACUGUAGCCCACAGAGAAGCUAAUGCUUGUUAUGCAAAGAUUUUAUGCAACAAAGAAGAUAAGGAAAGAGUCAUUGGUUUCCACUACCUUGGUCCUAAUGCCGGUGAGGUAACUCAAGGCUAUGCAGUGGCAAUCAAGUGUGGUGCAACAAAGGCUGAUUUCAGUAACACUGUGGGAAUCCAUCCAACGUGUUCAGAGAACUUUACCACAAUGGAAAUCUCCAAAAGUUCUGGCGCUACAUUUACCGUGACAGGCUGCUGAGGUUAAUUCCCUACUGUUGUAGCCCAUCAUGUUUAAAUUUAGCAUGUUACUAGGGCAACAGUAGGGAGAAUGACAUCUUGGUCCAGUAUUAUGUAUUGACUGUAUAUUUGUGCAGUUUUAUGACGGCUUAGUUUCUAAACCCAUCUGUUGGGUGAAACGUGCUUGAUGAAAUAUAUAUAUACUUUGGGAAAUACAUUAUUUGUUUUCAGAUAAAAUGCAAGCAUCACUUAUACGUUUAUGAACUUCAAAACUCUCAAAAUGGUUUUCUGUGAAUUGAGCUGCAAAUUAUAGCCCUGAUGUAAGGUUUUUGAUGUUGACGUACUGUAAAAUUUAUUAACGUUAUCAUCCCAGCAUUCUUAUUUAAUUUGUAUUUUGUACUCAGAUAUACACAAUUCAGUCUAGAGUGCACCUCUUGCGUGUGGCAUCAAAGCAACUUCAUCAGGAGGACAAACAAAAAGAUUGGGAACUAGAAUCCAUUGUUUUGUUCUCCAGUUGGAGAUGCAUUCCUACGAAC